AUGAGCGCAAAGUCAGACACGGAGCUCAAAGACUUCCAGAGCAUCUUCCGCCUUGAUGGCAAAGUGGCCGUCGUCACUGGCGGCUCGAGAGGUCUAGGCUUGCAUGCGGCUUCCGGUCUGCUCCAGGCCGGUUGCUCCAAGGUCUUCAUCACUUCACGCAAAGCUAAGGCCUGCGAGGAAGCUUGCGCUGCUCUGAACGCUCUGCCCAACAAGUCUCCGGGCGCCGAAGCCCUGUCCGUGCCGGCUGACAGCAGCAACGUCAGCGAAAUCGAGCGUCUAGUAGAAGAAGUCAAAAAACAUACGGAUAGGGUGGAUAUUUUGUUUGCGAACGCUGGUGCAACUUGGGGCGCGAAAUUUGACAGCCAUCCAGUCUCUGCCUUUGAUAAGGUGGUUGAUUUGAAUGUAAAGAGUGUCUUCUACACCAUACAAAAGUUCGCCCCUCUGCUUGAGGUCGCUGCGUCAGCCGACAGCCCUGCUCGGGUUAUAGUUACUGGUUCCGUCGCAGGCAUUGGCAUAGGCAGCACCGGCGCCAACGCCACGUUUUCGUACAGCGCUUCCAAAGCGGCCGUGCUACACCUCGCGCGCAACUUAGCCGUUGAACUAGGGCCCAGGCACAUUUUGGUUAAUAGCAUUGCCCCUGGCUUCUUCCCCACCAAAAUGGCCAAUGGGCUUAUGGAGGUGAGCGGCGGCGUGCGCCAGCUGGAGAAAGCGAAUCCGAAUGGUAGGCUUGGAAAACCAGAGGAUGUGGCUGGCGCGGUCGUCUUUUUGAGCAGCCGGGCCGCCGGGCAUGUCAAUGGCGACACGCUGGUGCUGGACGGGGGGAAGAUUUGGGCGAGGUCGUCGCUGUAG